AUGUCCAAGUUUUACGCAGUUGCACACGGAUUUCAGCGUGGUAUAUAUGAGAACUGGGACGAUGCUAAGAAACAGAUAGACGAUUUUCCUCAGGCGGUCUAUAAAAAGUUCUCCACUCGCGACGAAGCCGAAGAAUAUUUCAACGCACGGCAGCCAAAGAAGAUUGAGCGUAGGAACCUUUACUGGCUAGCUGCGGCCAAAAAUCAGAAGUAA